GCGUUCUAGAAACUAGCAUUCACUAUAUAAGCAACCAGUUCAGACGGUCGAGGCAUUACUUUUUGAAAGACUCAAGACGCCUCAGGAGCAACACCUAAACACACGGGAAACUUCUCAGCAAGGCUCUAUUGAGCUCCCUCCGACGAGAACAAAAUUAAACAAUCCAAGAUGUCUUCAGCAAAAGGAGUAUCUAUUGGCAUUGAUCUCGGUACAACCUACUCCUGUGUGGGAGUGUUUCAGCAUGGGAAGGUUGAGAUUAUUGCCAAUGACCAGGGCAACAGAACCACCCCUAGCUAUGUGGCCUUCACUGACAAUGAAAGGCUAAUUGGAGAUGCCGCGAAAAACCAGGUGGCCAUGAAUCCCACCAACACCGUCUUCGAUGCCAAACGGCUGAUUGGCCGAAAGUUUGACGAUCCCAUUGUACAGUCUGACAUGAAGCUUUGGCCCUUCAAUGUCAUCAGUGACGGUGGGAAGCCCAAGGUCCAGGUGGAGUACAAAGGGGAGACAAAGGCCUUCUACCCUGAGGAAAUCUCAUCCAUGGUUCUAGUGAAGAUGAAGGAGAUAGCAGAGGCCUACCUUGGUCAGAAGGUGUCCAAUGCAGUCAUCACAGUUCCAGCUUACUUUAAUGACUCACAGAGGCAGGCCACCAAAGAUGCUGGGGUCAUCUCUGGCCUGAACGUCCUGAGGAUUAUCAAUGAGCCCACAGCAGCUGCUAUCGCAUACGGCCUGGACAAGGGCAAAAGAGGGGAGCGCAAUGUAUUGAUCUUUGAUCUGGGUGGGGGUACCUUUGAUGUGUCCAUUCUGACCAUUGAGGACGGCAUCUUUGAGGUGAAGGCCACAGCUGGGGACACUCACCUGGGCGGGGAGGACUUUGACAACCGCAUGGUCAACCACUUUAUGGAGGAGUUCAAGAGGAAACACAAGAAGGACAUCAGCCAGAAUAAGAGGGCGGUGCGAAGGCUGCGCACGGCCUGUGAGAGGGCAAAGAGAACCCUGUCCUCCAGCACCCAGGCCAGCAUCGAAAUCGAUUCUCUUUUUGAAGGUAUCGACUUCUACACUUCCAUCACCAGGGCACGCUUUGAGGAGAUGAAUGCAGAGCUUUUCAGGGGAACCCUAGAACCAGUUGAGAAAUCCCUGAGGGACGCCAAGAUGGACAAGACUCAGAUUCACGACAUCGUCCUGGUCGGUGGCUCCACUCGAAUCCCCAAGAUCCAGAAGCUCCUGCAGGACUUCUUUAACGACAGGGAGCUCAACAAGAGCAUCAACCCAGAUGAGGCAGUGGCGUACGGGGCUGCUGUCCAGGCUGCCAUCCUCAUGGGAGACACCUCAGAGAACGUCCAGGACUUGCUUCUGCUGGACGUGGCACCUCUGUCCCUGGGGAUUGAGACAGCAGGAGGAGUUAUGUCAACCCUCAUCAAACGUAACACCACCAUCCCCACCAAGCAGACCCAGACCUUCUCCACUUACUCCGACAACCAGCCUGGAGUGCUUAUUCAGGUGUAUGAGGGGGAGAGGGCAAUGACCAAGGAUAACAACCUGCUUGGCAAGUUUGAGCUGACAGGAAUUCCUCCUGCCCCAAGAGGGGUACCUCAGGUGGAGGUAACCUUUGACAUUGAUGCCAAUGGCAUUCUGAAUGUGUCCGCUGUUGACAAAAGCACUGGCAAAGAAAACAAGAUCACCAUCACCAACGACAAGGGCCGUCUGAGCAAGGAGGAGAUUGAGAGGAUGGUGCAGGACGCUGAAAAGUACAAAGAUGAGGAUGAUAGUCAGAGGGAGAAGAUAGCUGCCAAGAACUUGUUGGAGUCUUACGCGUUUAACAUGAAAAGCAGUGUGGAGGAUGAUAAUAUGAAAGGGAAGAUAAGUGAAGAUGAUAUAAAGAAGGUUGUUGAGAAGUGCAACCAGGCAAUCUCCUGGUUGGAGAACAACCAACUGGCAGAGAAGGAAGAGUAUGAACACCAGCAAAAGGAGCUAGAGAAAGUGUGUAACCCAAUUGUGUCCAAGCUGUACCAGGGAGGGGCCCCAAUGGGAGGGGCCCCAAUGGGAGGGGCCCCAAUGGGAGGGGCCCCAAUGGGAGGGGCCCCAAUGGGAGGGGCCCCAAUGGGAGGCUGUGGUAGCGAGGCACGGUCCAGUUCCUCUCAGGGGCCUACUAUUGAGGAGGUGGACUAAACACUGGAUGGCCUCCUUCAGAGCAUGCACUUUGGCAUCUUUGUUGUAACCGGACAUGUUUUCACUGCAAGUGUACCUUAAUGUUAUUCAAAGCUUCCAAAAACAAUGUGAUAUUUCAAACACACUAAUUUUGUAUAGGAAGACAGCACCUUUAGUUAUGUUCAGGAGGUGUUCUCUUGCUUAGAAAAUAGGGAUUUUUGACCUUACAUUUGAAACCCUGUUUGAUAGUUUACAGAUGUAUUAGUUUGGCUCGUCCAUCUAUUACUGUAUAUACUGUGCAUUAUUGUCUUGUUCAUCUCUUGAUUUAUCAUAAUAAAACUUUUCCAAGAUUUCAAA